AUGCUUCAGCUACUUUUGGAACCCUUUUAUGUUGUGCUCGUGUGGAUAUGUUAUCUACUGGCUAUCACCAUCUAUCGGUUAUAUCUCUCUCCAUUGGCCAAAUUCCCCGGGCCCAAGCUGGCUGCUCUAACGAGAUGGUAUGAAACAUACUACGACACGUACUGCUACGGGAAGUAUACGUUUGAGAUUGCCCGAAUGCAUGAAAAAUACGGUCCCAUUGUGCGAAUCAGUCCAUGGGAACUGCACGUCAACGACCCAGAUUUCUACGAAGUGCUCUACUGCCGAAGCAGUCCCCGAAACAAAUAUGAGUACUUCACCAAGCAAUUUGGACUCAUACGCACGGUGGUAUCAACAAUCGAUCACAAUCAUCAUCGUCUUUUACGCUCCAACAUGAAUCCUUACUUUUCCACAUCCCGGAUCCGCAGUCUAGAGCCCUUGAUACAGAACCUGGUGAACAAGCUAUGUCACCGGUUAAAAGAAUACAAAGACACAGGGAAGCCCAUUGAUAUACAUCACGCCUAUAUCUGCUUCACCACAGAUGUCGUAUCUGACUAUACCAUGGGCGUUGGGUUUCAUUACCUCGACGAGCCUGGCUUUGUGCCCGAAUGGAACGCAACAUUGGCCACAGGUGCCAAGACAAGCGUGUAUAUGAGACCUUUUCCGUGGCUUCGAUGCUUGCUCGACGCGCUCCCCGAGAGAGUACUACUGCGGAUGUUCCCAGAGGCCAUUCUCACGACACAGUUCAAACGCCGCUGUGAGAAGAUUAUGCACUCUAUCAUGGAUGAGCAACGUGCCGAGAGCUAUGGAAAGACCAGGCGCCAAUUUAGUCACCCGACAUUUUUCCACGAUGUGCUCAAUAGUACGUUACCUCCAGAGGAGAAAUCCCCCGAGAGGCUGUCCCAGGAAGUACAGCUGGUUAUUGGAGCCGGGUCGGAGUCGACCUCGAAGAUGUUGGCAUGGACGACAUUCUACUUGUUGGAGAAUAAGGAGAAGAUGGAUAAAUUGAAAGAGGAGCUCAACCGACUAGAUCCUGACUAUACGGCUUCAUUGGUGGAUUUUGAACAAAUGCCUUAUUUGACGUCGGUGAUGCUCGAAGGAUUAAGGCUCUCCUAUGGCAUCAGCUCACGUCUCCCUCGAAUCGCACCCGACACCCCUCUCCAGUUCGAGGAAUGGACGAUCCCCGCCGGCACCCCGGUCGAGAUGACUAGUGUGCUUAUGCAUCACAACGAGAAAGUAUUUCCCGACUCGCAUACCUUCAUCCCCGAGAGAUGGAUGGACCUUGGCGAGCGGAAACGACUGGAGAAAUACAUGGUGUCAUUUAGCAAGGGAUCCCGACAAUGCCUUGGCAUGAAUCUCGCCAAGGCGGAAAUAUUGCUACUUCUGCCCAAGAUUUGCCGGGAGUUCGAGUUCGAGUUGUUCGAGACGACCCGUGAGGACGUUACCAUCGCACAUGACCUUUUCUUGCCCUACCCGAGGGAGGAUAGCAAAGGUGUGCGGGUGCUUGUCCAUUGA